AUCUCGACAAAACAGGAAUUUCAAAUUGUAAUGAACCCUACACAAAACUAUGAAUAGACAAUGCCAUUUAGUCAAUGGUCAGAAGUAACACAUGUUACCUUUGAGAUUACACUUUCUCGGUAAAGUACAGAUUCUAGUACUUUUGUUGGGUUGAGUCCCAUCCGGGAAUCGAACCGAAGCAGAACGUCUGAAUUACCAAGACAUCAAUUAAGUCGGAAAAUCGGGAACAGACCACGCCCCCAUAUCACACACGGUCUCCAUUAACAACGCAUUCAUAACACACCUGGCCACGUGUGAUUACCUGUAAUCGAUUUCCCCAUUCUUGACCACACAUACCAGGUAAGUCGGAUUAAUAUAGGACUGUUUGCCAGUAUUUAACAGUAAGUGGGGAAAUGACCAGUACCGACAUGGCGGCGACGGGUGUACUCCAGCAGUGGGCAGCUACAGUGACCAGCUUCUCAUCACAGUACGACUCCAACGGGUGGCCUGCGAGUGUGGUAGUGGGUCAACCCCGUGUCUACCCUCGCUACGGGGAUAUCCAGGGGGCAUGGGCUCAAGCUAUAUGCGACAAUAAACAGUUUAUUGAGCUAGGAUACGACACUGCCGUAUACGUGUCCGGCAUCAACAUCUACGAGACGCUCAACGCGGGGGGAGUGAAGAGGGUGUCUGUGAGAUCCCCCAAGGGCACGUGGGAGACGGUUUGGGAGACGUCAGGGGUAGAAGUGAUUAAAGCCAGUAGGAUCUUCUCCCUCGACAUAAAGACCCCCAACUUCAAGACCAAAGAGGUUAGACUUGACGUCGACUGUUCUGUGGCGCGGUCAUGGGUCGAGAUAGACGCCGUCCUGUUGGUGGGCAGGGAGUUAAAAUCUGAACCCCCACCCUCGUUAUCAGCACUGGCUGAUGACUUUGCCAAACUCGUCAACGACAAAGACACCAGCGACGUCGUGUUCAAUGUCAAGGGUACCGAGGUAUACGCCCACCGCGCCAUCUUGUCGGUCCGGUCACCUAGAUUGAAGGUCAUGAUGUCAGAAGCACCUUUGAAAGGCGCAAUCCCAGUGGAAAACAUGACUGUCCACGCCUUCAUUGGAGUCCUCCACUACGUGUACAGCGGCCGUAUUCCCGACGACCACACGGCAUAUGUCUUGGUCGACGUGUGGAGAGGUGAGCAACGUUUGUGGGGCUGGGGUGGUAGAGGGAUAUCUCCUGAAAGUGGUUGAUGACAAUGAUGUGUU